AUGCCAGCUCCACCGGUGACAAAAAGGAUAAAAACGUUAUCCGUAACGAGACCGAUCAUUUAUGGUAAUACAGCCAAGAAAAUGGGUGAUAACAUUCCUCCGAAUGCCCCAAAAGAUCAUACCCAUCUAUGGACCAUAUUUGUCAGAGAUCCCAGAGGUGAAGAUAUCUCAUAUUUCAUCAAGAAAGUUGUAUUCAAGCUACAUGAGACAUACCCAAACCCUGUAAGAGUAAUAGAAGCACCACCAUUCGAGUUGACAGAAACUGGAUGGGGCGAAUUUGAAAUUAACAUAAAGAUUUAUUUCGCAGAUGUAUCUAAUGAGAAAAUGUUAAACUUUUAUCACCACUUGAGGUUACAUCCAUACAUUAACCCAGAGACGAAGGAAAUAGAAAGAUCUAAUGACGAGUCAGAAGUACCCGAAGAUGAGGUAAAAGCAGUAUACUUUGAUGAAAUAGUUUUCAAUGAACCAGUGGAACAGUUCUUCCAGCUUCUAAUGAGCAAACCAGGAAACUUAUUUCCCUCGAACAAAACUCCGACCUGUGUGUUCUCCAGACAACUUGAGCAAGAGGAGAUUGAUCGAAUUCACAUUGGGACCAAGAAAAUUGACAAGGAAAUAAAGGUAUAUGAACAAAAACUGAAGGAAGCUAUGGAUCCAAAUGCAUGA